AUGUCUUACAAUACUUAUGAAAAUGCCGCGAAGGACAUAGAACAAGAGAAGAAGAUGGUGGCCGCCUUAAAGCGCUUAUCCAUAGGGAAUUUGAUGAACUAUGAUCCUGAUCUCCCGCCUUCCGAUGAAUUCGAAUUCCAAUACCAGUACGAUGAUAAUUUGAAUAAUGAAAUACAGAAGGAGGCCACUCUUUCACGUGGUAAAUCACUAAAGAGACAGCCCACGAAGAAAAGCUCGAUGUCAAAGGAAGUGAAUAUGAACGUCGGUGAUUCUGACUCUGUACCCCCAUUACCUAGCAUUUCAAUCUCAGAGUCUCCUAAUUCCUCAGGAAGAAAUACACCCACUUAUCCUACAACUCCUCCAGAUCACGAGGAUAGGGACGAGUAUCCAUCUCCGACGACACACUCAAGAGGCGUGGAUAUAAGUGUAGAAGAAGAGGAAGAAGAAGAAGAGGGGGACCAGGAUAAUGGCGAAGCAGAAGUCCUGCAGAACUCACUCGAAGUUAACCCAUUAUUGUGGGUUCCUGCUAGUUUACACCCAGAAGUUGACCCAGAACAAUUUAAAAUGCAUUUAAAGACUACGGUGGAAGAUCUUUUGGAGAAAAAAUUAAGUAGAAACCCUUCUAAGCGUUCUUCUUUAUCAUUGUCGAGUAGUAAUGGUGACUUACCAAUUAUACAAGAUGAAGAUGAACCCAGCGGAAAUAAAGAUGCUGGUGACUCCAAGGGGUCAUCUCCGUCAGCUUCUUCAUCUGACGAAACUUUAGAACCAUCUGUUUCAUAUCAGGAAAGGAGGUUUAGUAACCCAUCAUUGAGGGACUUAACGAAUGAGCUUGAGCAACUAUCAAAAUUGGCAGGAAUGGAUUCUAAUGAUGCUGUGACUUUGGCCAGAACAUUAUCUAAAAAUUCCUUAGGAUAUACCGAUGUAGAAAGACAAGCAUUUGAUGAAAUGACUUCACCACCUAAAAAGAGCGAUCUGCCACAACAACAACAUCAAUUGCUGCAAAGUUAUGGAGAAAGAGACUCGGAAAAAUAUCAAUCAAGUGGAAGAGAGUCAAGGAGGAUGAACCUGGCUGACUACCAAAAGAAAUUAUACCAGCAACAGCAGUAUAAGAAUCAUCAACGUCAACUCAAAUACGAGCAAGCACAGGCACAAGCAUACCAACAAUCACAACUGUCUCGUCGUCACAACCACCAAGGAUCUUCUUCUUCACAACAGCAACAAUUGCAACGUCAAGAAGAUUUUGCAUUAAAGAGAAGCAGAAGGUUGGACUAUAGAAAAGCAGUUUCAAAUGUAGCGGCUAGUGGAUCGAAUUUACAACAAACCAAAGCUGAUAAACUUAAUGAACUAAGGAGUAACCUUAGUACUAGCUUGACUCCAGAAAUACCCCAACAGCUUGCACAAUCCCACAAGCGGAGUCAAAAUUCGAAGACCAAGUCUUAUUCACAAAGCAAUAACCGAAGCUCUCAAGUAUUGUUUAGUUAUCGUAAUCCAAAUGUGCCAAACGUUUCAAACUUGCCAAACUCUCCACAAAUGUCGAGAGAUUCGCCAUACCCAUCAGGUCAAGUUCCUAUUCAGAAUCAAAUGCACACAAGUAAGUAUGCCCACUCUGCUACGAGAAGAGUGUCCCCUCAGUCUGGACAGCAUAGAGUUAGUUCUGGAGAACAAGCAUAUUUACAACAACAACAACAACAACAACAACAACAACAGCAGAAGGGAGCUACGACAUACUCAGGAGCAGCAGCAAUUCCUUAUAUUAAGGAAAAGGUACGCCAACGUCAAGUUUCACCAAACUCUCAAUAUUUACCUCAACAACAUUCGCAAUCAAUCCCUCAGACCUCUCAACGUCAUUCUAAAUUGCCUCACACGUCACACAAAAUACCAAGUAAGUCAUCAUCACCAUAUGUUCAACAAGGACCUCAGAACCAAAUGAUACCAAAUCAAGGGCAUAUACAACAAAAGCAUGGCCAACCGCGGUCUCUGCAUCAUAGGUCGCAUUAUGGUGAUGGCCAACAGCCACUCCCACAACAACAAUCGUACUUUCCUGUUCAAUCCCAGGGACAAUUAACAAAGGGACCAGGUCACUCACAUCAACAAGGAAACCAGAAGAAGUUCCAACAAGGAUAUUCACCUAUUUCCCAUCCAACGGGAGUAACCUCGAAAGUUAAUAAUAAAUCUAGAGAGUUGAAUCAGAAUUUGGACUUAUUGAGAUCCGAAAUAAAUGAAUUCAAGGAAAGUUUGAGCAAGUCAGAAGGGCAGUCUACACAUACAAACAUAACACCUAAAGUACAGAAAGCACCUACUGAACAGAUACCAGCAGCUCUUCCAGAUACUAUCACUCAGGAACCUGAUUUUUCAUUUGAUACUACUUACCAAGAUAUUAGCUACGAAGAUUCCUUAGGAAUUGAGAAAGAGGUGCUCAAAGAACUUGAUAUUGAGAGCAAUUAUGAAAGUGAGAAAGCAGGAAGUUUUCAAAGCCAGUCGAGAAAACAUUCAAUAUCGAGAAAGUUUUCCAAUGCCAGUGCUAAAGAGCACGAUAAUCAAUCUCGUCCAAUAUUUUCACCCACCGUGGACACGAGUACGCCCAACAUUGAUGAAAGGAAUGAUACUUCAAAUGAUUACUUCAAAUCUGAAAUAAGUUCUAAGCAUGAAGAAAAUUAUGACAUCCAGCAAGAACAGGAACCAGAACCGGAACCAGAACCAGAACCAGAUUUGGUUGCAGAUGCUGAAAUUAAGCAUGAAUCUCGAAAAGAUGAAGCUGCAGGUACUGAAGUAGAGCCAGAAACUCAAAGAGAUUCUCAAAGAGAUUCUGAAUCUGAACAAGGCGCAGAAAAUGAAAGUUUUCUGAUUGAUGAAAAUGAAACUACUGGUAGUUCAAGAUCUCCUAAUACAUCACCAAGGAAAAAGAAAACAUUUGGUAUUCUUUCUACGAAUACUGCGGAACUUCCUACAAAUUCAGUUCAGGGAUCCUUGAACUCCAAGUCAUUGAAAAAGAAAAAGUCAUGGUCUUUAUUUAAGGAAAGAGCUGUUAGUACUUCAGCAAUCGAGACGACCAAUGUUGAAGCCGAGGAAAGUCAACCGAGCAGCGCCUCAAAUUCGACUAAGGUAUCGAAUAGGUCUAUUUCGAACCCUGAGACUAGUGAUAAUAGAAAGAUAAGCGAAGAAUCUAACCAAAGAAAGUCUAGUGAGAAUGCAAAUAAUAACCAUUUGGGCAAGGAUGUGGUUGGAAAGGAAAAUAUGAUAACUAAACUUUUCAAGAAGAAAAGAACUAAUUCCUCUUCAGCCAACGUAACCCCUGUAACUUCAACAAUCAUCGAAGAAGAAGCUAACCCAAUCCGUGGAUCAGGAGUUACAGUUGACUACGAAUCUGAUUCAGAAAGCGUGAGCGGCAGGAAGGAUAACAAGAAGAAGACUGGUGGAUUAUUCAAGAAGAAGAGUAAGAAGGAGAAGCAAGUACCCCUGUCGAUUUCUAAUAACUCCAUUAGUUCUUUCAUUAGCUCAAAGUCAAAAGAAGAUGAAGAAGAUAAAUCAUCGACGAAAUCAUCAGGCAAGAAGUUGAUAGAUAAAAUAAGAAACAAAUCAGAAGAAAAGAUUGAUGAAGAAGAAAGUGAAUUGCAUGAUGGAGCAGAUAGAGAAGAGCAUGAUGGCGAGGGCAAAAAUAAUGCAAGUGGGGCCACGACACUGGUUGUACCUGCUUCCGGUGCUACUGGAAGUGGUGCUGACGAAAGACAUCUUCAAACUACUCUUGAAGUACAGGAGAAGUUAAAGAAAUCCAUCAAGAGAAGUUCUAGAGCCAACCAGCCACUUGAAUUCACCGAUUCUGCAUUCGGGUUCCCAUUGCCACCUCCUUCACAAUCUACAUUGGUUAUGCUUGAUUAUAGAUUCCCAGUUCAUGUUGAAAGAGCUAUCUACAGAUUGUCGCACCUUAAACUUGCCAACCCUAAGAGAUCUCUUCGAGAACAGGUUCUAUUAUCGAAUUUUAUGUAUGCAUAUUUGAAUUUGGUUGACCACACAUUGCAUCUUGAACAACAACUUAGUAGCUCAGAAGCUGGUAGCCUUGCCGGAGACGAUGCCGGAGGCGCUGGAGAGGAUGAUGACGGAGUAUUACAUGAAUCUAAAGAAUAUAACAACAUUAAUGACGACGACGAAAUGACCACUGAUGCGGAGCAUGCACUUUAUGCCAAGGAUGAGCCAAUGAUAGAAGAAGAUGACUUUGAGACUGAAGAGACGCUGACAAUUGAUUUAAAUGUCGCAAAUUAUGAUCAUAUGUCGCAGAUUGAGGUAUAG